GUGAACGCAGCAGUCAGGCAGAGAGACUCCGCGAGGGAAAUGGCAAUCGGAUCCAAGUGAUCGGAUGGAAAUCCAUUCAAAGACAUUUUACGACUGCUGACGACAUUUCUGGCCUGUUUCGAAAAAAAAAUGGCGUCGGGCGGGGAUCAACUUCCUCGAACAAAAGACGAGAAGGAGCGACAACAACUGGAGAUUUGCACGACCUCCGAUGUGCUUAACAUCCAAGACAUGCAGCAUCUGAUUGGUCUCUCUCAACCACAUGUGGGGAGCUCAUCUUUGGAUCAAGAUGAUCCACACAUUAAAGAGGAAGACGAGGAACUAUGGACCAAUCAUGAGGGAGGGUGUCUUUCAGGUCCAGAGGAGCCUGAUGUCACCAGGUUGCCACUGACUGUUGUCUGUGUGAAGACCGAAGACCAUGAAGAUAAACCACAGCUCCAUCACAAUCCAAAUGUCCAGGAGCUCAUGACUGGUCGAGAAGAACAGAACCUUCAGCCGCAGGAGGAGCCACAGCCUCCACACGUUAAAGAGGAAGAGGAGGAUCUCUGGAUCACUCAAGCACCGGAGGAGUCCGAACUCACCCAGUUGCCACUCACUGUUGUCACUGUGAAGACUGAAGACCAUGAAGACAAACCACCCGAGUCAGAAGCCGAUGGAGACCACAGUGGAGGAUCACAAGCAGACCUCUUAGCUCCGCUAUCAGAUAGUGACGAAACCACGUCACAUGACAAUGUGACCGCUUCAAAAUCUUUUAGUUGCUCAUUGUGUGGUAAUUUAUUUUCCCGGAAGUACACCUUAAAGAAUCACAUGAGAACGCACACCGGAGAAAAACCUUUUAGUUGUUCUGUUUGCGCAAAAGGCUUUUCUCAAAACUGUGUUUUGACGCGACACAUGCGGACGCACACAGGAGAAAAACCCUUCAGUUGCUCAGAUUGUGGUAAAAAAUUUUCUGAAAAAGGCAAGAUGGUGUGUCACAUGAGAACCCACACGGGAGAAAAACCUUUUAGUUGUUCAACUUGUGGUACCAGAUUCACUUCCAAAGGUAACAUGCAGUCCCACAUUAGGAAACAUACAGAAGAAAAACCCUUUAGUUGCUCGCUUUGUGCAAAAGGCUUUUUAAAAAACUCUGAUUUGACUCGACACAUGCGGACGCACACACGAGGGAAACAUUUCAGUUGCUCUCACUGUGGGAAAACAUUUUCUCGAAGGGGAAAGAUGCUGUCACACAUGAGAUCGCACACGGGAGAAAAACCUUUUAGUUGUUCAAUUUGUGGUAAAAGAUACUCUUGCAACCGUUACAUACAAUCACACAUGAGAACUCACACAGGAGAAAAACCUUUUAGUUGCUCAGUUUGUGCUAAAAGAUUCUUUUCCAAACGAAAUAUGCAACUUCACAUGAAAACCCAUGCAGUAGAAAAACCUUUUAGUUGCUCAGUUUGCACAAAAGGCUUUUUCCAAAACUCCGAUUUGACUCGACACAUGCGGACGCACACGGGAGAAAAACCUUUCAUUUGCUCCGACUGCGGUAAAACGUUUUCUGAAAGUGGAAAGCUGAUGUUACACAUGAGAACGCACACAGGAGAAAAACCUUUCAGCUGUUCUGUUUGUGGUAAAAGAUUCUCUUCGACAAGUAACAUGCAAACACACUUUCGGACACAUACGGGAGAAAAACCUGUCGCUUGUUCAGUUUGUGGAAAAGGUUUUCUGAAAAACUCAGAUUUGACUCGACAUAUGCGGAAACACACGGGAGAAAAACCUUUCAGCUGCUUUAUUUGUGGCGAGAAAUUUUCCUGCAAGUCCUCUUUGAAUAGACACAUGCAGAAUCACUGAUGGUCUUCUUCUUGACUUCCGUGCAGGCGGUGUGUGUGCCACCUUAGAACUUAGAACAUUUGACUGUAUUUGUAUUUGUUGGUGUUGUAUUUACUUCGGAGUAUUAUUUAUAGAUAGUUUUAUGCCAGCUUCCUGUCUUGCAUUUAGCAGCUACAACCGUGUUUCCUUUGGGGAGGAUGACAUCUUUAUAGUCUUCACACUUAAUGUUAUGUACUGUAGUGGAUUAGGGCGUGCUAUAGCACUUCAAGUCUCAUAGUGGUCACCUUCUAUAAAUAAACAAACAUGCCUUGUCUAAAUAUGUGGUUUUUCCUUUUUGUUUAUUUAGAUAUCACAAUAUAUAUAUAUAUAUAUAUAUAUAUAUAUUGGAAUUGU